GGGACUUGCACAUGAACUAGAAGCAAUGCUGCUGCGGUCGCUCCGUAGCUGGGCUGCCCGGUCGCUACGCAGCAUGGGCCCGGGGAGCUCAGGGAGCCCCGGGAGUCUCGAUUCGGGCGCUGGGCCGCUGUGGGCACCUCGCCGCGCCUGUCCUCCGGAUAAAGAUAGAGAAAAAGAUAAGGAGAAAAAAGCAGUGGUUUGUAUUGAGGGCAAUAUUGCAAGUGGAAAGACAACAUGCCUGGAGUUCUUCUCCAACACAACAGACGUCGAGGUGUUAAUGGAGCCUGUGCUCAAGUGGAGAAAUAUCCACGGUCAUAACCCUCUGAGUCUCAUGUACCAUGAUGCCAGUCGGUGGGGCCUCACGCUGCAGACAUAUGUGCAGCUCACCAUGCUGGACCAGCACACUCGUCCUCAGAUGUCACCUGUACGGUUGAUGGAAAGGUCAAUUUACAGCGCAAGAUACAUUUUUGUAGAAAACCUGUAUAGAAGUGGGAAGAUGCCCGAGGUUGACUAUGCGAUUCUGUCUGAGUGGUUUGACUGGAUCAUCAAGAACAUUGAUGUCUCUGUUGAUCUGAUAGUUUAUCUUCGAACCACUCCUGAAAUCUGCUACCAGAGAUUAAAGAUGAGGUGCCGGGAAGAGGAGAAAGUCAUUCCGAUGGAAUACCUCAGUGCUAUUCACCACCUCUACGAGGAGUGGCUGGUCACUGGUAGCCUUUUCCCAGCUGCAGCCCCUGUUCUGGUGAUUGAGGCUGACCACAACUUGGAGAAAAUGUUAGAACUCUUUGAGCAAAACCGGGCUCGGAUAUUAACUCCAGAGAAUUGGAAGCAUGGGCCUUAGGACUGAGCGGUGUACAAGCCAGUGUCAGGAACAGCCCAGGCAGGGCCAGGUCAGCUGCUAGGAACACUUGGAAGAAUCUACUCUCAGGAGGGUCUGUAUCUGAUCAGAUCUAUUUUCACAAUGGUCUUUUCAUUGUAGUACAAACCGCUUUUGUCUGUCAGAUCCUUGCAAUAUACUUUCCCGAGGUCCCCUCCUGACGCUGAAGCUCUGUGUAAAAACACUUGCUGUAUCCUUGGAGGUUGUUCUGGUUCCUAUGCAUCAGGUCACCUUGUGGGGUGAGGGAGCAGUCUCAUCCCAGGUAAGGAUUUGAAACCCAGAGAGGUGCAGGGACUCUUCAAGGUCACAAGGCAGGACAUAGUGGUGCUGGGACCAUUGAGAUACCUGGCUUGGGCUGCCUCCUCCUAAGCAGUUCCCCUCAGCCCUUCUGUUCUGAGCGCCCGCCGGCCCCCACCUCUGUGAGAAGAGCUGGCAGUUUGCGGAUUCUGUCAUCUUUCGGUACCGGACAAGUUUCAAGGAGACCAGACAUCACUAGGCGUUGGCACACCUCUUAUUUGGCAUGAGCCCAGGGUUUCCUGGCAUGAAGGUACUGUAACCUCUCUUCCUUUGUCAUCUGGCCCUCAGUGUCCACUGGGGAAUCCUGAACCAGUCUUUGCACGGUGCCAGUGUCCUUGAAGAUGAGGUCUUUCCCAGACUCUGCCAGUUUCAUGUCAUUCUAUGUCAGAAAAAAAAGGGCUUAUGGGACCUGGACACUUUACCCUGUGCUGAGGGAGGCCAAAGGCAGCCAGCUGGGCUUCCAAGGCCCCAUCGCUUUCUCCUGCCCUUGUGUGAGGACCAGUGCCCUUGCUCCAGUGAGAGUGACAGUGGCCUUAACUCCUUUAAAGUGUUUUUCCAUCUGAGUGGAUGUCACGGACCACAGAGCAUGAAGUCAUUUCUAUUGGAUCAGAAAAUACCUUAGCUUUGCUUGGCCAUAACUGCACCAAAGGUGCAGCUGUUACUUGAACCAGUCGAGACCAAGAAAAAGACCGACAUUCCCUGGACAGUGAGAUGGAAAGUCAUGGCUCUCCCACAAAGGCAUUUAAAGCCUUGCUGCUCUUGACAUUCUGGGCAGAUGGAGCAUCUGGAGAAGACUGGACCCAGAUGAUAGAAGGGGACGAUAACUGUGUACUCUGGAGAGACACAGCAUGGACUGGGUGGGGCUGCAGAUGCAUGUGUCCAGCUGGCUCUGCUCUGCUCUGCUCUGCUCUACCUGUCUGUAGGUACCUGGGAUGCCUGCCUGGUAGCUAGAAAGAGGGCCAAGAGUCCAGCUCGUGGUCUUUCCUGUCUUGGACUUUUCUGUUAAUAUGAAGAAGAAUAGCAGCCAGGGGGAUUGUUUACCAGCACCUGCAGUCUAGCAAUGAAUAAACCGUAAACCUGGGAAAGGCAGGUUUGAACCAGCAGUCCUGAUGGGGCAUCUUUAGAAUUAGCAAAGGAACAGUCCAGUACUUGCCUUUGCUUAACCAGAGCACCUGUUUUGGGAAGAAAUGUGAUGUUUCUCUUGCUCUAUGGUAGCCAAUAAAUUCUGCAGCUAAACUAUGAUGUCAA